UUGAUACAUCACUAGUAUCUCUUUACAAGUCUGUGAUUGUAGAUAGAUUUUUAGAGAUAAUCCAUGUUUGUGAUUUUCCUACAUUCGAUACGCAAAAUUACUUAUAAAUACUUUUAUAACCAGUGUAUUCAAUAAAAUAUCCAAAAUUAUCUCGAAUAUAUUAAGACGUAAGUCCCAAAUUUCAUUAUCUAGCUUUUUGCUUAGACAAUUCUGCUAUAACCUUAUUGAGAUAUUAAUUUAAUUAUUUUCUUUACUUAGCUUUUGCGACCAUGGUGCAAAAGGGGCCUCGACCAUUGGUUCUGUGUGGUCCUUCAGGAUCCGGUAAAAGUACUUUAUUAAAACGUCUCCUAAAAGAGUUUCCUGAUAAAUUUGGAUUUAGCGUAUCGCACACCACGCGAAAUCCACGACCGGGUGAAAAAGAUGGUAUCCAUUAUCAUUUCACCACUAAGAGUGAUAUGAUCGCUGCCAUAGAAAAAGGAGAAUUCAUUGAAUCGGCCACUUUUAGUGGCAAUAUGUAUGGUACAAGCAAAAAAGCUGUUGAUGAUGUUCGCCGUACAGGGAAGAUCUGUGUUCUCGAUAUCGACAUAGAAGGUGUUAAACAAGUUAAGCAUACUGAUUUGGAUCCUUUAUUGGUAUUUAUUAUGCCCCCAUCAAUUGAAGAGCUGGAAAGACGUCUACGAGAUCGAAACACUGAGAGUGAAGAGACUUUAAGAAAACGACUUGACACAGCACUCCGUGAAAUGGAAUUCGGCAACCAACCCAAUAAUUUUCAUAUUGUAAUCAUGAAUGAUAAUGUGGAGAAAGCAUAUUCAGAUCUGCGUGAAUUCAUUGCACAGAAUACUCAACAAGAAGAACAAGAGUCGGCUGGAGGCGAUAAAAAUGAAAAGGAGAACUGAACACAUGAAGAUUUUGCUUCGUUAGGGAAUACCACGCAUAUUCAUUGAUAUUUUUCCGUAUCUCGGUGACUCUUUAUGCAGAGAAAUAUUCAAAGUUCUCUAAAGUAUUACUCCUAUUGCAUAUAUAGUCUUAAGAGUUCGUGAUAAUGUGCAAGAGCUUU